AUGACGACGAAAAUCAGCUUUAUCAAUACCGAAAAAAGAAAACUUGACGCCUUUACUGGUGACGAGUCUCAACAAGGUGGUCCGAUUCAAAAACUUCUAAAGAGAACUUCCACUGAACAACUUUCAAAUAUUUAUUCUCAAGACCGAUUCACUUUUGAAACUCAAAACAGAGCCGCUCAAAGAGCGUUCAGAGAAAGAAAAGAACGUCACCUUCGAGAACUCGAAAAUACUAUAAAGACUUUACGCGAAAAUCAAUACGACUCUGCGCUUAAAGUUCAAAGAGAACUAACGCACUAUCGCUCGUUGAUCGAGCAACUUGAGUCCGAAAACUAUUAUUUAAAAGAGAUCGCGUUUACUUUUGAAUGUGCUUUAAACAAGAUUAAUGGGAACAAUGAUGCUACUACAAAGAUAAAGAAUGCUUUAUCCCUCAACAUACCCGCUCGUUCUUCUGCCCCUUCUCAACCUUUAACCGGAGUUAGUGGUAUUAUCGGACAUAUUACAUCCCCUUUUGGUUUUGGGGCUUUGCAGAUGCGACACGCUGGUUUACAAUCACGACAAGUUCCAACCGUACAACAACUACAAAAUAAUUUUCUCGAUUUAUUUCAAGUUCCCGUUAGCUCCAAUGGUCGUGAUGCACAUCUCGGUGUUUCAUCACCAGUUUCAAGUAACGUUAUGAUGUCUCCUAAUGGAUCAAGCACCAUUUCCACCAAAUCCGUUAGUAUUGCGAGUUCACCCUUAACGCCUGAAUCGAUCGCUGAAUCGAUCUCACCUUCAAGUACCUUCUUUGCUGAAGAGUUUGCUCGUGAGAUGACCCUUGCUGAUAUGAAACCUUUCGUCAAUCCAACUCCUGGCAUACAAAUCAGUCAUGAACCUUCAUUUGUUGGUUCUUACCCUUUCAAUUCAUCGAUUGCUUCAUUUUACAAGUCGGCCAUUUCAUCAUCAUCACAAGUAAUGUCUAAAUCGAAUUCGACCGUUUCUACAGGUUCUACCGAAUCAUCGAACGAUGACACCGCUAACACAAAUAAGAACAACUCAUCCGGUCCAACCUCUCCGUUCAUGGAUGGAACGGUUUAUAAUUUUGCUGAUGUCUUCUCAGCUUAUCUGAAUGACAAUGAUCUUGAAGAAUUUCCCGGUGUGGAAUUUAAUAACUCGGAUGUCUCGCCGUCAUCUGAACAACAACAAGAUACGACGAAGAGGUUAUCGAAGGAAGAAGAUCAGAUAAUUAGAUUGAGUAAGAAAGUUGGUCAGACAUAUCCUCAACCUGUCAUGCCAAAGAUAAGACAUCCUCUCACCGAACAACAAAUCCAAUACUUGACAAUAGAUCAUGAUCGUCGUAUUGACAUGAUUCCAUGUUUACACUUACGGUCUCGUAUGAUUCAAUAUAAAGAUGAAUAUGAUCUUUACGAAUUAUGUGAAUUGUUGAUUAAUAAGGCGAUAUGCCACGGGGAACCUCUUGAUCCUGAUAGCUGGGAAUUACCUGAUGAAUUCUUUGAACGAUACGAUGUUUUGGUAUUUCAACAUUGUCGUAUAAAAAGUAGCUUAUAUAAGAAAUUUGGUCAUUUACCGGCCGAUUUUGAAAGCUUUUACGGAAAAGGUGAAAGUCUUGAUAAUUCGUUGAUAUUUGAUUAA